CCUCGCUCCCUCUCUCGCCAGGUUGCUUCUCUGGGACUGUGACGACCGCAGCUACAGUUUCUACAUCGAAGUCUCCAACAAUCAGCAGCAGUGGGCGAUGGUUGCCGAUCACACUAAAGUAACUUGCAAGUCCUGGCAGACGAUUUACAUCAAGCAGCAGCCGGUGGUCUUCAUCAGGAUUGUGGGCACGUACAACACAGCCAACGAGGUCUUUCACUGCGUACACUUUGAGUGCCCGGCACAGAACCACAUCCGUCCACAGAGCGAGGAUUCACCGGGAGACAGGACGGAGCCCAGCCAGGCCUCGGCAGCAGCUCGGACAGACAGCAGCCGCUGAGCCGCCACGCUGCCUGGUGGUCCCAUCACCGUCACCGGACCCUUCCAGGGGAGGCCCGGCCCUCCCUCCGUCAGCCCAACCCAGCGCCGAGGAAGUGGGGCCAUGCCGAUCUACACCACUGUGUGCCGUCCGACUGUGCUAACCACAGCCGGGGAGAGAGGGCCUCAUCUGUGCUACAACACUCUGCUGAUCAGCGGCUGGCUCUGUAAGCCCACCUCCGGCAUGGGGCGGGCAACACGACCCAGGGGAGGCCAGACACUGAGGCGGCCUGGUGUCACUGGCAGCCACUCGAGUGCCAGCCUCUUCCAGCACAUCAUCCCACUGUUCCCCUCCUCCUCUUCCUCCUCCUCCUCCUCCUCCUCCUGCCACCACUCAGUCACUCACUCAUUCCCACCGGCCAGGGACGUAGGUGAAGGCACUCCGUUUGUCCGAUUGAAGCCCGGGUGAAUAUCAAUCAUCUCCUGUUCCUUCCUCUAACCUGCUAAUGUUCAUCCUUCACAUAGUGUGAGCGUGGAUCGGCCCCAGGGCUGCUUUGCAUGAGAAGUAACUUGGCAUGUACUGAACUGAGCUGUAAACUAUUUAUGUUCUGUAACAAACCAUGAAAGUCUUUCCAUUUAA